CCCGUCCUUGGUUCCCUGGCCCGCUACGGAUGCGGCCCUGCUUUACGGAGCUUCAACCAGCUACGACCAGACAAUGCCACGAACACGGCAUACAAACAAUCGCUUUUCAUGACAUGACAACCCCCUCAACACGGUGCCGCGAUGGAUGAUCUUUCGGGACUUGACUGGUCCAAGCCGGCGGCGUCGACCAGCAACGCCAACUACACCAACCCGACCUCCCGACCGCUACAGCCCCCGCCUCCUAUCCCUCGUCGCGGCACGCCUCUCUCCGCACAGGGUUCGGGCUUCCAGCCUCCAAAGUCGGUCACCUCAAAGCCUGCUGGCGACAGUUUCAGCAAUCUUGUCAACUUCAGCGGCGCCAAGAGCAAUACCAACCUCAGCCUCCGCGAGCGGCAACAGCAGCUGGAGGACGAGAAGCGGCGCAAGGCCGAGCAGCAGCAGAGCACACUUCAGUCUCAAUAUGGCGGAGGUCAGUUUUGGGAUAGCCUGGGCCAGGGCUCAUCCCAGGCGUCUCGGACCGCUUCUCCGGCCGCGUUCCCGGCCGCGCCCAGCAGCACGCUCCCACCGAAUAAUGACGAGGACGAUUUGUUUGCCGCUUUCAACAAGAACACCAAGGUCGACAAGUCAAGCCACUACCCGCCUCCGGCCUCUGCCGGUGUCUCUGGGAAGAACACACCUUCCAAUGCGGGCCGGCUCGACCUGAGCAGUUCCAGUGCCUGGGCCCUUCCGCAGAGCACACAGGGUGGAACGAGCCUCGGGGGGGAUGAUGAUGACGACCCAUUCGGCCUGAACCAGAUGAAGCCAGUACCAGCGCAAAAGCACGCAGCCCCCGCCGCUGACGAUGAUGAUUUUCUGGGCGACUUGGGUAAGCCUGUGGAGCAGGUCCGUAAGAUAACGCAAGCGCAAGAGCUCCAGAGCCAGACACCAAAGCCAAUAGAGGACUCCUCCUCCGAUGACGAUGACGAGCGGCCUGGUCCUGCGCGAGGAUCUGCAGGUGGAGGAUCAGACCCUUUCGACAAGGCGGUGGCAGAGCUUGUCGACAUGGGCUUCACGCCUGAGAAUGCUCGGCGUGGCCUGACCGAGAGUGGUGCUGGCUUAAACGUGCAGGCUGCUGUCGGCUGGCUGCUUGACGACGCCCAUCGCCAGGCGCGGAAGGACAAGGGUACACCUCGCGAUUCUCCAGCAGAUCGUGUUAGGGGAGGAGAGGGUGCCCAGGCUCGGCGCAAUGGGAGUCCGGCCUGGAUGAAUGACGACAGGGGUGGUGAUCGUUACCAUGCCAAUUCUAACAACACGAGUGACGAUUUAUCCAAGAAGGCCGCACAAGUCGGCUCGAGCUUCCUGAAGACAGCCAACUCUCUGUGGAAGACGGGUCAGAAGCAGGUCCAGAAGGCGUAUGCGGACUUCCAGCAAGAUGGUGGAGACCCGAGCCAGCCGAAGUGGAUGCGCGAUGCCCAGAAGGCUAGAGAUAUGCCAGCACGGGGCGGGCAACCAGCCGGCACAGAUGAAGCCAUGAUGCUGGAGUCAGGUGGCCGGCCUGAGCCUAGACAACCCCCGCGACCAGGCAAUACUAGAGGUCCCAACUCGCAAGACCGUGUUCCCACGCUACCUAGUAGACCUGCGUCGGCUCAAAACGGCGCCAGGUGGCAGCAGACUGCCACACCACCACCAGAUUCUCGGUCCAGACUCAACAAACUUGCCGCCGAGGAGCAGAGCGCACAAGCAUACGUCAGUCCGGCCAGGAGGAAGAAAACGCCCCCUGCCCCUGAGCCGGAAGAAGAUCUGCUGUUCGGAACAAGCGCCCCGCCAAGGGCUCAGGCGCCAGCGAGCCGGCCUGCUCAGCAACCACCGAAGCCCUCGAGGCCUGCUUCGUCGCAACCGAUUGUCACACGACCACCACCAACACUGAGAAAGUUGCCGCCGGUAUCUCCCGGCGUUCUGGAAGUCUCAGCACGGCACCGGAAUGAAGGCACAGCACACUUCAAGCGUGGUGAUUAUGACGCGGCGCAUACGUCGUACACGAAUGCCCUGUCGGGCAUUCCCCAAUCACACCCCUUGUCCCUGACGGCCCUGAAGACGGGCAGCCCCAAGCAGGCCGUUACGGAUGCGGAUGCUGCCAUUGGCAUCAUUGGCCCAUCCCGGGGCGAAGGUGAGAAGGUGACGGUCGCGCCUGAUCUUUACGGAAAAGCGCUGAGCAGGAAGGCCGAGGCUCUAGAGCAAAUGGAGAAAUGGGCAGAUGCUUCCAGCAUCUGGCAACUUGCUGUCGAAGGCGGCGUUGGUGGCGCAACUGCGAUUGCUGGACGACAGCCACUUGCCCCGAAACCAAAGGCGCCAGUGAAGCCCCCGCAAGCAGCCAAGCCGCGUCCCAAGCCGUCCGCGAUGUCAGACCUCACGCCGCAGAAGAGCUCAGAAGCCGCUAACAAGGCCGCCGAGGCGGCGGACGACGAGAAGUUUGCUCUCACAUGGCGGGAUGGGAAGAGAGAUAACCUGCGGGCUCUGAUUGGCAGUCUUGAUCAGGGCAGUGGCUGGAAAAAGUUGGUUUUGGCCAACAAGGCCAUUGCCAAAUGCCACCCCGAUAAGUUACCACAAGGAGCAAGCACAGAAGUUCAACUCAUCGCUGCUACGGUCUUUGCGACGUUGAAUGAGAGCUGGGACAAGUUCAAGGCCGAGAAUAAUCUAUGACGCGCAACAUUUAGAGCCAGGACAUGUGGCACCAGACAGAUGGUAAAUAGAAGAGAGGAUAAAUUUGAUGAGAGAGCCAAUCUUGCAAUUCCUUCCUUCCG